UAAAGCAAAUAGCAACAUAAAAGACACUUUAGGAGAUCCUCGAACGGAAUAAUUUACUGUAGCCGAUUGGUUGAAAUGUCCAUGAGCUUAAUAGUAUAUAUUUGUAUUACCAAUACUACGGGAAAGAAUGAUGAAAUAUCUCUUGAUUAUUUAUCUAUGGACGCCAGUUGUCUCACAUGGGUCCAGUGUAGGAUGUCCUGAAGGAGUUCAUUUUAACUCUGUGAACCUGAGGAACAUUGCAAAGUGGCAUCCUGGGAAAGACACACCAAAUGACACACAUUACACAGUGGAGUAUGCAAUUUAUGGUGACAGAAUUGAUAGUGGGGCGACACAGGUGCGCUGGAGGGUGAAGAACCAGUGCAGAGGCAUCCCUCAGACCCGGUGUGAUCUAUCCAAUGAGACCACUGACCUGGAUGAAGGCUACUUUGCCAGAGUCAAGGCUGUGGGCACAAACCUAUCCUCCAAAUGGUCAUUCACGGAAAAGAGGUUUGACCCCAAAGCUGACACAACCUUUGGACCACCACUUGUAAAACUUGUGGUGAAGGAGAAUAGUGUUACUGUCAAGCUGAAGGGUCCAAUGAGAUGGAAGACUGGAAACAUGACAAAAGAGUACUCCUUGUUGAAAAUAUACCCUCAGAUGACAUACAACCUCUCUGUGUACGACAACAGAAGCAACAAAACGCAUCACUUCACUGUGGAAAACCGAUCCUUUGAAUAUGGGUUGCUUGCCUAUGAAACCCAGUAUUGUUUCUCUGCUAAUUCCCAGGUCCUGUCACUUCCUAUACCUUGGCAUGCCUCUGAAUGGCAGUGCCUAACAACCCCAAAGGAUCCCUUCUACGAUCAGCUGCUACUGAUGCUGAUGGGAGCCGUUGUACCAUCAGUUAUCUGCCUUUUCAUCCUGAUCCUGGCUGGAUGCUUUUUCUACCACUUUAUCUGUGCUAAUAAACAGAAAAGUCCCCCUUUCCUGAAAAUAUUGGACCUUCAAAACCCACCGCAGACUUUCUGUCCUGAGCAUACUGUGACAGUGAAUGUGGUACUGGUCAACAUUGCCAAGCCCAUGGAAUUGAUAACUAUAAAGCCUAACAACAUCCCUGCCCUGAUCCACCAAACAGAGUGGGAGCUCGAACUACCCUACACUUCCCAGCAAGCCCCUGGCAUAGAACCUCCAAAGGAGGGAUCAUGUGAGGAUGAAUUCGGUGAGGCCCAACCUGAACCUCUAGACUAUGGCUUCGUUGGAGCGGCCCCAGAGAUGCCGGAAGUAAGAGAAAGUGAGGCAUCUGACAUUGAGAAAACCCGGCCCCUGCGUCUCAGCCAGGUCAACCCGUACAUAGCACAGAGAUGUGCACCAGGUUCACAGGAGCCUGUGGAGAAUGUUUUGACUGGGAUGUGUUUAGACAUGGACCCCAAGACAGGGCUCUUUAGAAUGCCACUGCUGUCUGAUAUAAAGCUGGGGGUGGAGAGCACAAGUUACAAAGAGCCUGAUCAGAUGGGUCCCUACGCACCACAGCACGUUUCUGUCAGAGAGACUACUGAGGUGGACCUGUGGGGAGACAAAGCUGAAGGGCCCCAAAGUUACCCCUCAGAUUACGGCUUCGUGGGAGCAGCCCCAAAGCAGCAGAUGGUGCCAACAAAGUACCAGACGCGGUCUAACAGGAGGGAUAAUCAGCCCCUGCUGCUAGCCCAGGUCAACCUGUACAGAAGCCAGAGGCAAGCUCUGUUUCCACAGGAGUCUGAGGAAGAGGAUGGAUUAGGUGGUGGUAACUGUGUUGACUGGAGCCCUACAACAGGGAUCCUCCAGAUGCCUUUGCUCUCCAAGCCUAUUCCAGAAGUGGAGGGAGCGAGGAAGGACAGGGAGUCAGAGCAGUUGGAGAUCUUACCCAGUGUGUUAGUGAGGCAAUCCUCAGAGGAGAGUGAGGGUGAGAGUGACCUGACUAAACUACAGAAUAUCUGGAGUCUACAGAUCAACAUGGAGGACUAACCUAUUAGACAGUUAACCUAUUGGACACUUAACCUAUCAGACAGUUAACCUAUUGGACACUUAACCUAUCAGACAGUUAACCUAUUGGACACUUAACCUAUCGGACAGUUAACCUAUUGGGUACUUAACCUAUCAGACAGUUAACCUAUUGGACACACAUUAUUACAGCAAAACAGUGUGUUUAACGUAUGUGGAAGAAUAAUUCAGAUUGCUGUUUGUACCAUUUGAUUCAGUUGACAAAUCAAAUGAAGGACAUCGUUUUAACUAAUCCAAAAUGCUUGGUGAAUGCAUCAGCAAUGUGAUUGUAACUAAUUUAUUUUUUAGGUUUUGUUUACUUUAUACCUUUUAUCCAUACUUUUCUACUAACUUAUCACGAUUGAUGAAUUGCCAGAGCUUUUUUUGUACAAUUUAAUUCAAAGUUUAUAUGAAGGCACAUGCAAUGCCACUUUACCUCAUGAUGAUUAACAAGCAGGGGGAGUUUUGCUGUAAAGGUUUAUAACCACACACUAAACUAUGAAGACAAUGCAAAUAAAGGAUAUAUACAGUACCCGUCAAACUUUUGGACACACCUACUCAUUCAAGGGUUUUUCUUUAUUUUGACAUUUUUCUAUAUUGUAGAAAAACAGUGAAGACAUCAAAACUAUGCAAUAACACAUAGGGAAUCUUGUAGUAACCAAAGAAAUGUUAAUCAAGAUAUAUUUUAGAUUCUUCAAAGUAGCCACCCUUUGCCUUGAUGACAGCUUUGCAUUCUCUCAACCAGUUUCAUGAGGAAUGCUUUUCCAACAGUCUUGAAGGAGGUCCCACAUAUGCUGAGUAGUUGUUGGCUGCUUUUCCUUAACUCUGCGGUCCAACUCAUCCCAAACUAUCUCAAUUGGGUUGAGGUCGGGUGAUUGUGGAAGCCAGGUCAUCUGAUGCAGCACUCCAUCACUCUCCUUGUUCAAAUACCCCUUUCACAGCCUGGAGGUGUGUUUUGGGUCAUUGUCCUGUUGAAAAACAAAUGAUAGUCCCACUAAGCACAAACCAGAUGGGAUGGCCUAUUGCGGCAGAAUGCUGUGGUAGCUAUGCUGGUUAAGUGUGCCUUGAAUUCUAAAUAAAUCACAGACAGUGUCACCAGAAAAGCUCCAUCACACCUCCUCCUCCAUGCUUCAUGGUGGGAACCACAAGUGCGGAGAUAAUUAGUUCACCAACUCCCAAAAACACGGUACCAAAAACCAAGAAUUUGGAGUCAUCCAAAUAAAGGACAGAUUUCCACCACUCUAAUUUCCAAUGCUCCUGUUUCUUGGCCCAAGCAGGUCUAUACUUCUUAUUGGUGCCCUUUAGUAGUGGUUUCUUUGCAGCAAUUUGACCAUGAAGACCUGAUUCCCACAGUCUCCACUGAACAGUUGAUGUGGAGAUGUGUCUGUUACUUGAACUCUGUGAAGCAUUAUUUGGGCUGCAAUUUCUGAGGCUGGUAACUCUAAUGAACUUAUUCUCUGCAGCAGACGUAACUCUGGGUCUUCCUUUCCUGUGGUGGUCCACAUGAGAGCCAAUUUCAUUAUAGCGCUUGAUGGUUUUUGCGACUGCACUUGAAGAAAUGUUCAAAGUUCUUGACAUUUUCCGCAAUGACUGACCUUCAUGUCUUAAAGUAAUAAUGGAUGUCAUUUCUCUUUGCUUAUUAGAGCUGUUCUUGCCAUAAUAUUGACUUGGUUUUUACCAAAUAAGGCUAUCUUCUGUAUACCACCCAUACCUUGUCACAACACAACGGAUUGGCUCAAACGCAUUAAGAAGGAAAUAUAUUCCACUAAUUUACUUUUAACAAGGCACACCUGUUAAUUGAAAUGUAAGUGACUACCUCAUGAAGCUGGUUGAGAGAAUGCCAAGAGUGUGCAAAGCUGUCAUCAAGGCAAAGGGUGGCUAUGAUGAAGCGUUUGAAAUAUAGAAUAUAUAUUGAUUUGUUUAACACUUUUUUGGUUACUACAUGAUUCCAUAUGUGUUAUUACUUAGUUUUGAUGUCUUCAAUAUUAUUCUACGAGGUAGAAAAUAGUAAAAAUAAAGAAAAACCCUUGAAUGAAUAGGUGUGUCCAAACUUUUGACUGGUACUGUAUAUCUGUUAUUUCUUUAAACACUUUA